UGCGUUCAGUGAUUUUCCAAAACCCGGUCCUCUUCUUGAGUCGAAGGAGCAAUUCAAAGAGGAAACAGCUCCAGCUCCAAAAAGGGAUACAAAAGAUAGAUUGUUUAGUACGGUAGCAAAGGAAAUUGAGGAUCUAGAAGAACCUCCUGAGCAGACUAGUGGAGGAACACCGGCAUUCACAAAAGAGGAAGAGCCUGACGUACGAAAGAUAUUGCGACAAAUUCUGGGACAACUUCAAUUAUUUUUGUGCUGGCGAGAGUUCCGAGGAGAACGACAAGUUUUGCCGAUCCUAUCGCAGCAACUGUCCGCAAAAAGUCGGCUCGUAGGUGUUGCAUGA